CGCUCAGGUGCGUGAGGCCGCGUUAGCUCAAGACCUUGCAGACUUGGUCCCAUCAUGGAGCACAUCCGCACCCCCAAGCUGUGGGACCUAUAAGAACUCUUAGAGUUUGAAACGUAAUUUUCCUGCAGCAGCAUCCAGAGUUAACAAGAAGACAUGGAAACAUCUCAUUACUAUUCUAAUCUACCACCAUCUGUGAACCUUGUUCAGUUCUACUGAGGUUUUCUAAAAAUAAUCCAAGUGGUUGAAAAUGUCCGCUUGGUAGAUCGAAUAUCUUCUAAAAAAGCAACCCUUGGUACUUUGUAUUUGACGGCUACUCAUGUCAUAUUCGUGGAAAAUGCAACUGACACAAGAAAAGAAACAUGGAUUCUUCACAGUCAGAUUUCCACCAUUGAAAAGCAGGCAACCACAGCUACUGGAUGCCCUCUGCUUAUUCGUUGCAAGAACUUCCAGCUAUUACAACUCAUCAUACCGCAGGAGAGAGAUUGCCAUGAUGUGUACAUUUCUCUAAUACGCCUUGCAAGGCCAGUGAAAUACGAGGAGUUAUACUGCUUUUCAUUCAACCCCAAGCUGGAUAAAGAAGAAAGAGAACAAGGUUGGAUGCUGAUUGAUCUUAGUGAAGAAUACAAGCGCAUGGGUCUCCCUAAUGAUGAUUGGCAGCUCAGUGAUGUGAAUAGAGACUACAGAGUUUGUGAUUCUUACCCGACUGAGCUGUAUGUUCCCAAAUCGGCCACGGCACACAUCAUAGUGGGGAGUUCCAAAUUCCGGAGUAGGCGACGAUUUCCAGCCCUUUCUUACUACUAUAAAGAUAACCAUGCCUCCAUCUGUCGGAGCAGCCAGCCCCUGUCAGGCUUCAGUGCCCGGUGCCUGGAGGAUGAGCAGAUGCUCCAGGCCAUCAGGAAAGCCAACCCAGGAAGCGACUUCAUUUACGUCGUUGACACUCGGCCCAAACUUAAUGCCAUGGCCAAUCGCGCUGCAGGGAAAGGCUACGAGAAUGAAGACAACUAUUCCAACAUCAAGUUUCAGUUUAUCGGGAUAGAGAACAUCCACGUCAUGAGGAACAGUCUGCAAAAAAUGCUGGAAGUGUGUGAACUUAAGUCUCCCUCCAUGAGUGACUUUCUGUGGGGACUAGAGAACUCUGGCUGGCUGAGGCACAUUAAGGCCAUCAUGGAUGCAGGAACCUUCAUUGCAAAGGCAGUUUCGGAGGAAGGGGCAAGUGUGCUUGUCCACUGUUCCGAUGGCUGGGACAGGACGGCUCAGGUGUGCUCAGUGGCCAGCCUCCUGCUGGAUCCGCACUACCGGACUCUGCAGGGCUUCAUGGUAUUAAUUGAAAAGGACUGGAUUUCCUUUGGUCAUAAGUUUAAUCACAGAUAUGGCAAUCUAGAUGGUGAUCCAAAAGAAAUCUCUCCAGUUAUUGACCAGUUCAUUGAGUGUGUUUGGCAAUUAAUGGAACAAUUUCCCUGUGCAUUUGAGUUCAAUGAGAGGUUUCUGAUUCACAUUCAACAUCACAUUUAUUCCUGCCAGUUUGGAAACUUCCUAUGUAACAGCCAAAAAGAGAGACGAGAACUUAAAAUUCAAGAAAGAACAUACUCUUUAUGGGCUCACCUGUGGAAGAAUCGGGCCGACUACCUGAAUCCUCUAUUUAGAGCUGACCACAGUCAGCCCCAGGGAACCCUUCGUCUCCCCACAACGCCAUGCAACUUCAUGUACAAGUUUUGGAGUGGGAUGUAUAACCGCUUUGAAAAGGGCCUGCAGCCCCGACAAUCAGUUACAGACUACCUCAUGGCCGUGAAGGAGGAAACCCAGCAGCUGGAGGAGGAGCUGGAGGUCCUAGAAGAGAGGCUGGAAAAAAUCCAAAAAGUCCAGUUAAAUCGCACUAAAGUGAAGAGUAAGCCAAGUGAGCCCAGCAAACACUCUGGGUUUUCUACCUCAGACAACAGCACGGCCAACACGCCCCAGGAUUACAGUGGGAAUGUGAAAUCGUUUCCAUCCAGGAGCCCUUCACAAGGCGACGAAGACUCUGCUCUGAUUCUAACCCAAGACAAUCUGAAAAGCUCAGAUCCAGACCUGUCCGCCAACAGCGACCAGGAGUCGGGGGUGGAGGACUUGAGCUGCCGCUCUCCCAGCGGUGGGGAGUGUGCCCCAAGCGAAGACAGCACCAAGGACCGGGAUUCCGACGAAGCCGUGUUCCUCACGGCAUGAAGCUUCCCUUCGGAGGUUCCAAAACAAAGGACACACAAGAAACACUUUCCAAAAAUAAGGGAACAGUGCAAUUUAAGAUACAAAAUAACUCCAGAAAUGGUGCAUGCCACUGCGAAUUAUAAAAUGCAGCGAUGAAAACGGGAGGGGGAAGAGUCCAACUUGGUUUCUUUAGACGCUGAAGAACAGGAAGUAGCCAUUUCUUGGAUCAAAUAAAUAUUAAGGGCAUUCUCCAAUUUGAAAAUCCUUCUAGACUAUGGCAGUUUUAUUCAUGACAGAGCAAUGGCCUCUACUGUCACCCGAGGUUAUCAAUACAAAUCUUCCUGUCACAGCAUGCAUCUGCUAGCCCUGACCCCGUUCCCUCACACCUGCUACCAUCUGCAGUCCUUCUCUGUAUUUCACUCCCUGAGGCAUAUUUGUUUCUAAAACAUUCGAUGUUAUCUUCCUUCCUGACUCUGUUAUCAAUAUUUCUAAUAACAAAGCACAUUGUUGAGAUGCACCCUUUUUUGGUUAAUAGAUAUAUUUCUGUACCUGAAGAGCUUUGUAAUUGCUUAAGUUUAUCUUUCAGGUUUAAGGACCACUUUAACUUUUCCUUGGAUAAUAUAUUUUGAAUUGUUAUAAUAAUUUUGCCUUUUUCUGGAAUCUCUUUACUUGUCACCAUUUAAAAAACGCUAAAACUUAUAACUCACUUUUUCUCUGACACGGGUCUACUAACUAAUAAAGUAGAAGCAAAAUUUA